GAUAUCCAUCCAGAGUUUUUUUGGGAGUUCCUCGAAACGACAGAAAAGUGAUGAAACUCGAACCACAAGAAAUGAAGACUUUACAAAUGCAGAAUCAGCCGUAAAUGAUAGGUAAAUGAAUAUUUUCACUUUCUCUUGUAAUCAUUUCGUUUUCAUUUUUUACCCUUUAAGAGAACGAAAGAACGUACAAAAUAAUUGGUUAAAUCGAAAUUCACCGUAUCAUUGAGGGUCUGGAUGGGGUUAACAGAAUAGAGAUAUAGAAAAAUGAAAAAAAAAAAUAUAUGAAAAAUGUGUGAAAAAAAAUAAUUGUACAGAAUAAUAAGGUGCAAAAGUAUAAAGAAUAACUGUGGAAGAUAACAUAAUUAGGUCAUACAAUACUGAUUAAAAAAAUGAAGGAUACACGGAAUAAAAAAAAUAUAAUUGCAGAAGAAAAAUUGAUAGUUAAUUUAUUUUAUAUAAAUUACUUGUCAAGAUCAUAUAAUAAACUGUAAUAAUAUAUUUAUUCAUGUGUCGAAAAUAUUUUCAAAUUUUCUUUCAGUCAAAAAGCUGUUGAACAAUCAGAGUCCCACACCAGGUCCCAGGGUCAAACUCCAAAUGAUAUAACUUCUUGGUUUGGUAGAACUUUAAAUGAUGAUGAGAAAUACACAAUCUACACAAAAGGUGUGUCAAUUCCUGAUACUUUCAAGUUCCCUUCUACAAAAAUAGCUGAUAAAAACAGAUGCUUUCGGAGAGAAUGGAUCUCCAAGUAUCCAGGCUUAGUUUAUAGCAUAGAGGAGGAUGGAGCAUACUGUCUUCAUUGUGUUUUAUUUGAGAAGGAACCUGAAAAAAGAGGCAAACUUGUCAAUGCCCCUUUCAAAAACUGGAAAAAGGCAUUGGAAGUAUUUGAUGAACAUUUUUGGGGGAAAAGUACCAAAAGUUUAAAACGAGGUGGUACAGGUUAUCAGAGACACAUGCAGUGUGUAACAAAAGGUGAAAUGUUUGUUCAGCAGGUCAAUCAACAGACUAAUGUACACAUGACCAUGAAUCAUGGUUUAGAGAGCCGCAAGGAGAAAAAUUUGAUGGUUUUGGAAUCAAUUGUAAAGACCGUCCUUAUUUGUGGAAGACAGAACUUUGCUCUUCGAGGCCACAGAGAUGAUGCAAAGCACAUUGUAAAUGGAAAUACUGCAAAUAUUGGAAAUUUUUAAGCACUUUUGGACUUCAGAAUAGAUGCUGGUGAUAAAUUUCUUGUAGAACAUUUCAAAACAGCCCCCAAAAAUGCUACAUACAGGUCAAAGACUGUUCAAAAUGAAAUUAUUGACAUUAUAGGAAAUAUCAUUAGGUCAAAAAUAAUCAAAGACAUAACAGACAGUGGAGGGAUGUUUUCUGUAUCUGCAGAUGAAGCUAGAGAUGUAUCCAACACUGAACAGUUAGCCGUGUGUCUACGUUUUGUUGAUUUGGCAGGUGUCAUUAGAGAAGAGUUUGUUGACUUCAUAGAAGUGAGCGAUGAUACAAGUGGAGAGAGACUAUCCAAUGAGCUACUGAAGCUGCUUCCAGAAAUGGGACUAGAUUUAAAUCUGAUGAGGAGCCAAUGUUAUGACGGCGCAGGUAAUAUGACUGGACAUUUGAAAGGAGUUGGUCCCAGAAUUCAAAGGAUAUACCCAAAGGCAUUACACUUUUGGUGUACAGCUCACCAGCUAAACAGAUGUAUAGUUGCUGCUGCUAACAUUCCAUGUGUCAGGAAUAUGAUGGGAACUGCAGAUAAGGUAGUCAAGUUCUUUAAUUGGUCUCCUAAAAGGCAAUCAUUCCUAGAGGAUCAGCUUCAAAAUUACAGAAAUGAAACAAAAAGAAUGAAAUUGAAGGAGUUAUGUAGAACAAGAUGGGUAGAAAGACAUGAUGCCUUUGAGAUGUUUUGGGAUUUCCUUCCAGCAAUAAUAGAAACCAUGGAAAAGAUCAAAUCAGUGGACAAAAGCCCGGUUGCAAUAAGUGACACACAAAGCCUAGAAAACAACAUUACAUCCUUUCAAUUUCUAGUCUCCCUGCUUGUGACAAUGAGAUGUAUUGGAUACCUAAAACAACUUAGUACAUCACUUCAAGGUAGAGCUGUUGAUGUUGUGAGUGCUCUUGAGUCAGUUAGCCUUGUCAAGGAAGCUUUACAGGAUGUUAGAGACAAUAUUGGUGAAUUUCAUGCUAAGUGGUAUUCAGAAAUAUUGAAGUUGGCAGAUGAGUUAGAUGUAACCCCAUCUAAACCAAGAACAUGUGGGAGGCAGACAAAGAGAUCAAAUGUGCCAUGUGAAUCAACAGAGGAUUAUUACAAGAAAACAAUUGCUAUCCCUCUGCUUGAUCACAUGUUAACAGAAAUGAACUCAAGGUUUGGUGACCUGCAAAUCAAGGCAUCCAUGGGACUUCAGGUAAUACCUGCCAUGCUUUCUCAAUCCUCAACUAAUGAUUUUGAGUACUUUGUGGAUGAUUUACCAUCUCCAUCAACACUGGAGCAAGAAAUGCAUAUGUGGAAGUUGAAAUGGGCAAAUGAGUCUGAUCCACCUUCAGAUAUAAACACAGCAUUACAAAACUAUUGUACAGGUAAAAUAAAGGUAAAAAUAUGA